UUCAAUUCUCAAUAAUAAUUCCACACAACCAAUCCCAUCGCUUGCUUUUCACUUCCACCCUUUCAUCUUUCUCUUUGUAAAUUCAUCUUUGAGAAUCUUAAAACAAAAAAACAAAAAAAAAAGGCAACUUUUUUUGUGUGAGAUUCAUAUAGAAACAUCAAACAAGCUUUUCUUCUUCUCCAAUUCCUCCAGAAUCAUGCCUGAGAAGAACAUCGUAGAGGACGUUAUCGACGAUUUGGUAGAUAACUUCACGGAGAGAGUUCAGAAGAACAAACAUACUUCUUUCUUCGAACAAGAAGAUUCCGUCAGUUCUCAUUUCAACCGUUUGUUUGGUCGCCAGGAGCCUAUCCAUCGUGUCUUAGGCGGUGGCAAAUCUGCUGAUGUGUUGUUAUGGAGGAACAAGAAGAUCUCUGCAAGUUUUCUGAUGGGAGCAACUGCAAUUUGGGUGCUUUUCGAAUGGAUCAAUUUCCAUUUUCUAUCUCUCGUGUGCUAUGCCCUCUUGCUUGGCAUGAUUGCUCAAUUCGUUUGGUGUAAUGCCUCAGGGUUCCUAAACCGCUCACAGUCUAGAGUGCCUCGCCUUGUUCUUCCAAAAGAUUUCUUUGCUGAAGUUGGUGUGGCCAUUGGAACAGAAGUUAACCGUGGUUUGUUGUUUCUUCAAGACUUGGCUUGUAAAGGGAAUAUGAAACAGUUCCUCAUGGCUGUAAUCGGACUAUGGGUAGCCGCAAUGGUCGGGAGCUGCUGCAAUUUCCUAACAGUUUUGUAUAUCGGGUUUGUUGGGGCACACACAAUGCCGGUUCUGUAUGAGAGAUACGAAGACGAAGUCGAUGGUUUCAUGGAUUCACUGAUCAUGAAGUUUCAUAGUCAUUACAAGAAGCUAGAUUCUGGUUUGCUCAGUAGAUUCCCAAGUGGGAAGUUCGGGUUAAAGAAGCGUGACUAAAUAAAUCCAAUCAAAAGCCUUCUUAUUAUUUCCCCUCUUCUUUUAUUGUUAGAACAAACAAUGGGAUUUAAAGGCUUGCUAAAUGAAUGUUUUGAGAAUAUUCAUCCAUUCAUGUAGAUUUGUGUAUUGAAUCUUUAGUUCUUGUUCUCAGACGAAAAUAAAAGAACCACCAGUUUUAUAAGACUUUUUAACAAUUUC